GCUUUGCGCAAGAUGACCUCCAUCGUCAGUACACUUGCUACCUAUGCAUAUGAUGGUGGCAUACAACUCCUGGAUUCGGUAUCAGGAUAUCUGUCAAACUGGGCAACUCGUUCACCGGCACAAAAUACUGACAAUGAUAGGGUGUCAUUCGAACUAUCAGAUGCAGGAGGGUCUCAGAGAACUGAUGGACAGGACAGACAACGGCAGGAUUCUGGGCAACUCGGUAACCCUGCAAUCAGUACUAGCAGACGGCAAGAGCAACAUGGAAUAGGUGGCACUAACAUUCGUCAGGCGCCUGCACAAAUAUACAGGUAUCAUACAAUGCCUCGGCAUGAAGACAGUAAGGAUAUAAUUCUCCUGUUUGAUGGAACUGCUGUUUCGUUUGAUUUUCCAUACAACUCUACAAUAAGUAUGCUCUUUGAAGGGCUGCCUCGGGCUCAUGACUUCCAACCUGCUUUUCAUUGGGAUGGACCAGGUACUUCUUCAACACGGCCUGGAGCCACUAUUGUAGAAUUCUUUGACAUGGCAACUGGCUACUCUGUUGAGCGGAAGGUUGGAAUUCCAGUAACUUUACGGGUGACUAACUACAAACGGUACUACUCUCGUAUGGUACAAUCUCGUGGUGCAGAUAAUUCGUAUUUCCAGAAGCUGCGUAAUAAUCCUGCCCAUUGGAAGACAAGGGUUUUUUUUGUGGGCGUUAUUGAUACUGUCGCAUCUAUUGGUCCCUUUGGUUUGACACCGAUCAAUGUCUAUGAGGAUGAUACAUGCCACUUCCGACAUAUUGUAUCUGCAGACGAAGACCGUGCACGCUUUUCGCCAGUCUUGUUCAACUCUCAACUUAGGAGGCACGGUCUACUAUCUCGCAUUCAUCUGUCUGUCUUUCCCAAUAAACACAAGGCAGAUAUUGAAGCAGGCAUCCCUGAAGCAACUGAGGGUCAGACUACAGAGAGCAACCAGCCACAAACCAAGCAGAUGUCUUCAUUACUUCCUGAUUGGAGAUAUGCACCUGAUUCCACCCUUAGUGCCCGUGUUGACUACUCGAUCGUUCCUGUUGAUAAUAUUCAGGUCUGUUAUCCUGGAGUACAUUCAGAUUUGGCAGGGAACUCAUCUCAGCAGUCUGGAGGGCUUGCUUUCCCACCUCUUCGGUUUCUAGUCAGAGAGACUCUAGCAGUUGCACCAGAGAUACAAUUUACACCGGAGUUCUUAUGGAAACUUGGUAUCAAGGCUUCUACAGUUGGGCAUAAUGCAUCUCAACGUCCUGGUAUUCCACUUGGCCCUAAUGAUUAUAUUGAUCCGGAGUUCGAAGUAGAGUUAAGGUCUGAAGAAAAGGAUAUCGGUCAUCCUGUUUCAAAGACAUCUAAAAAAUGGAGGUUUUUUGACUUGUGUUUUCAUUUGAGCACCGGCUCUCCUCGUAACUACACAGAUGAGCCAAAUAUGUAUAGAAGUCAGGCUCUUCUGGUCAAACAACAUCAAGACCACAAUUACCAUUCUCGAAGUUUCCUUGUGUUGAGGGCAAGGAAAGAGUACAUAAUUAUUCUAUCCUCUGCAUGCACAGAGAACAGGUUUUGGCGGAUGAGAAAAUCGGCUCUGGUGGAGCGAGAGUUUGCAAAGCUGGUGCCUGCUGUUCAGAGCGCGUUGUCCGCCUUCGACACAGAGCACGCUGUUGUACCAUGCGCUACGCUGGUCUCACGGGUGGCGGGGUUUGUUCGAGUCCUGGAGCUAGAGGACCACCAGGAUUACCGACGCCGACAGGAGGCAUAUCACCGCCGGGAAUGUGCAGAGGAGCAAGGGGACCCAUAG